AUGGCACAGCCUAUGUGACCAUGAGGGUUCAAUGCUGUGUCUGAUUUUACAUUAGGACUGUGGAGAUCGUACUGUAAAUGUAGGUUUGUUGCUGGACACCCAAAACUUUCGAGUAAAACUUGCAUGACAUGCAAAUCCUUGUAGUUAUUUAUGUUAAGUUUACUUAAAUUAUUGAUUUCACGAUCACGCCAGUCAGGAGGACCCAUUAGUCAGCGUAGAAUAUUGCGAACACAACAUCGCAGCACAAACUGAAAGCUGUUCGCUGCAAGUAGCGCGUGGGCAAAACUCUGACCCAUCCUCGAUGACGACAACAUAAAUGAGCUCUCUUCGACAGGGGUAGUCGGGAAUCCUGAGACAGGUAAACAGAGGAAAUACUUCUCCAUUACACUUCCUUCAACAAUACUAGUCUGUGAUACGGGAAUGGGGGAUAUGAAGACCCCAGAUUUCGAUGACUUGCUGGCAGCGUUCGAUAUCCCCGACAUUGAUGCCAAAGAAGCCAUACAGUCUGCGCCCGAGGACUCCGACGGCCAAAACAGUGGCACUGCUGGUGGGGUGGGGAAGGCAGGGGGCAGCGGUGGUGGACCUCUUAGACCCCCCAGCCCAACUGAGCCCCAUCAGACACCUCACGCCACCACCCUAUCCCAAAGCGGUGAGCUGCCAGGGGUCAGUGUAAUCGUGAAGAACAGGGUGCGGCCAGAUGCUUUUGGAGAGGGAGAGGGCGACACAGGCAGAGACAGCAACACUGAAGCCGGAGCCCAGGGAGGGGUUGGUAGCGCCCUAGCUGGGCCCCGUCUUGGCCUCAGACUGCAGGGACUUGGUUGCACGGAACCCCUGAUACACAACGGGUUUGAGGGUUGCGCGGCAGAGGCCAGCGACCUCCCGCUGAGCCCCACCCAGACUCAGAGUCACUCCAACGGGCAGCUGUGGUCGCCCGCCUCCCCGAAAGCUGCUGCUGAAGGAGCCUCGUCCACCAGCACUGCCGUUUUUGGCAGAGCGAAGCCACUGGUGGCACAGGGGCCCAACGACUCUAUGACAAAGGCCAGGAAGCCCAGCGUGACUCCGCCACAACAAGAGCACCAGCCACAGGAAGAGGAAGCACGUGCUGGUGAUGUCACAGACAGAUCGGCCUCCAUCCCAGGGUCCGGUGACGUCCCGUCUUCCCACGUGUCGGCAGCAUCUGUAGGGAGCGUGUCAACAUUCUUCUCCACCUCCACUACUCCCCCUCCUCCUUCCUCGUCUCUUUUUGUAGGCCCCCUCCUCCCCUCUUCGUCUCUGGGAGAGAGCAACCUCUCGUCUCCACUUUCUUCUGGCCCCCGCCUGCCGACCGAAGCACCGGGGCCUGUUUUGCAACACAUGGGGUCUGAGGACGAGGAGUCGGAGCCGGAUCUCGGCAGCCCUCCGUUAGUGAUUCAAGAGAGCCCGGACUCGCUCAUGUGCUCCCCGCCCAAGUUCCCCCGUCGAAAACGCUCCUCCUCCUCUGGCAUGUUCAGCUCUCCUUCCCUGACUCCCUCUCCCUCCGCUCUUGCCCCGACCCCCACCACAGUCGCCGUUCCUCAGCUUGUGGAGGGCAGCCCUCGCCAACGGCCUCCCUCCCCCAAACACGCCCCUGUGGAGGAGAGGAACCCGGAGCACGUCAUCGAGGAGCGGGACUCUCCGGAGAGCCCCGAGCCUGAGCCGCCGGCCUCAUCCCAGGCGAAGCGCACUGCCACUCUCCCCACCCUCACCCAGAGAGGCUCCAGCCCCAAAGAGGCCCCCACCCCGCAAACCUCAGCCCAGAGCGCCGCAGCCUGGAGCCCAGAGGAGGAAGAUGACACGAGAGAGGAGCAGCCCAUGGAAAGUGAAGAGAGCAGCAAGGUGGAGCGAGAGGAGGAAGGGAAUGAGCAAAUGGAGGUGGACGAACAAGACAACUGCCCUGCCACUGUGGAGUCCACCGCCGCCGCCCCUGCCGACGGCUCCACCUCUCCUUCCAUGAUUAAGGUCAGGAUCAAAACAGUCAAGACCCCCACUGGGAGCAUCACAAGGACUGUCACCAGAGUAGCACCCAACGGGACAGCCGCCGGCAAGGACGCCAACAGCACCAAAGCUUCACCGGGAGGCCAGAAGGUGAUCCGGCCCAAAAGGCCCGGCGCUUCACUCCCUGGUCAGAACCAGCGCUCAAAAGGCGCAACGGUCCUGCCGGUGUCGACUCUGCAGGACGCCAGCACUGCCAUGCUCUUGGCUGCCAGCAAGGCUCAAAACAAAAUGGCUGCCACCCGCCUCUCUUCCAAGCUGUCCGCCACCGCAGUCAGCAUCACCAAAGCCACCACCCUUCCCUCGGUGUCCUCCUCCUCGUCCCCGUCCACGUCGUCUGUGGGCAUGAACGUCCGCUCUGUCUCCCAGAAGACGGUGAACGGGAGCGUCCUGACCUCCACGGUGGCCUCCCUCUCAUCCGGCGCCUCCACCGGCAACAAGCCGGCUUCCAUCGUCAACAGCAGUGGCGCUGUCAUCUCCCGCUCCCAGUCCAGCUUGGUGGAGGCCUUCAACAAGAUCCUCAACAGCAAGAACCUGCUGCCCAGUUACAAACCCGACCUGUCCACCCCACCUCCGGCUGAGUGGGGGCUGCCUAUGCCCGUCGCCGGCUACCGCUGCCUGGAGUGCGGCGACUCCUUCGCCCUGGACCGCAGCCUGGCGCGCCACUACGACCGGCGCUCGCUGCGCAUCGAGGUGACGUGCAACCACUGCGCCAAGCGGUUGGCCUUCUUCAACAAGUGCAGCCUUCUGCUACACGCACGUGAGCACAAGGAGCGUGGCUUGGUCAUGCAGUGCUCGCACCUGGUCAUGAGGCCCGUCAGCGUGGAGCAGAUGAUCGGACAGCAGGACACCACGCCCAUAGGUGUGCUCUCCACCUCUGUGUCCUCCUCUUCUGCGGCCCCCGGGGGGGCUUCCAGCCCAGGUAAGGAGGAGACCCUUGGAGGAGGAGGCCCCCAGGUGCUGCUGCCCCUGCCCUGCAAGAAGGCCGAGCCCCUGCAGUACACCAACAACAAGUGUCCAGAGUGCAAGUGCCAGUUCAGCGGGAAAGCAGAGCUGGUGGCCCACUUCCAGGAGGUCAAAGCUGCCACUAACACCUCCUGCACCCAGUGCACACCUCCAAUGCUGCUGCCCAACCCCUGCAGCUGGACGGCUCAUCAGCGCAUCCAUCGCCACCGCUCCCCCCACGUGUGCCCUGAGUGUGGGGGCGUCGCUCGCCAGGCCAGCUUCCACACGCACCUGCAAGAGGCCUGCCUGCACUUUACGCGCCGCAUCGGCUACAGGUGUUUUAGCUGUCAGGUGGUGUUUGGCGGCCUGAACUCCGUCAAGUCCCACAUUCAGUCCUCCCACUGUGAGGUUUUCCACAAAUGCCCCUCUUGCCCCAUGGCCUUCAAAUCUGCCCCCAGCGCCCAGAGCCACAUCACCUCCCAGCACCCCACACUCACUAGUGCACAGGCUAAGAUGAUCUACAAAUGUGUGAUGUGUGAGACCGUUUUCACCCAGAAGGCCUUGCUCUAUGUUCACUUUGACACUCACCUGGUCAAUCAGAAGGUGCACGUGUUCAAGUGUCCCGACUGCCCCAAACUCUACGCGCAGAGAGCCUCCAUGAUGGAGCACAUGAAGUCGGCACACAGAGGCGCUGUAGUCAAACAGGAAGUGCCUGUCACCGUGGCGUCCGCUCCUGCCCCCGCCUCCUUGGUGAAGGGCAAGGGUCUGCUGAAGAUGGAGAGCUCCGACGGGGAGGAGUGGGGCAGAGAGCAUGAGGAGGGAGAGGAAGAGGACAGAGAGAGGGAAGGAGCGCCCAAAGGUGGAGCUGAUGGAGGCGCCGCGCAGGCCACUCCGGGCUGGAGCUGUACACAGUGCGAGAGCCGAUACACUGACAAAGAGAACUACAUUACCCAUAUGGCCGACCUGCACGGCAAGAUCCUGAAGAAGUUCCCUUGUACUCUGUGUGAGGGCUCCUUCUCCUCCUCCUCCAGCCUCAGGAGGCACAUCCGCCUCAAACACAAAGACAACAGACGGGUCUUCCUCUGCCAGUUGUGUGUGGACAGUAAGCGCUCCUUCAGUAGUCGUCUCAGCCUGGAGAGACACAUGCAGACGCAGCAUGGACCUGGAGCCCAGUUGCCAGGCAGACCAGUGGACCGACCGAAGCGCAGGCCUGUCUUCACUGAGGCAGGAGACAGCUCCUCUGAGCAGGACGCCACUCUGAGUUCUUUGGGCGGGGCCUCGGCAGAAGAGGACUCUCGGUGGGCGGGGCAUGCAGGGGGCGGGAUCCGAGGACGAGGAGGAGGCAGGCUUUCCGCGGCCAAUCAGGAAGAGGCGGGUUUCCGCUGUAUGCCGUGCGGCUUCACCACCGAGGACCAGGCCGAGUUUCUGGCGCACAUCCCCAGUCACCGCGGCAACGGCGACGGGUCACUGCAGUGCCAGCAGUGUGGGGCGUGCUUCGCCUCUGGCCCCUCCCUCAGCCGCCACCGCUUCAUCAGCCACCGCGUGCGCGACACGCCCCCUGAGCCUCCGACCGCCGACGUGGACGGCCUCGCAGACGGCAGCGGCGGUGGUGAGCUCGGCGCGGACGCCACGGGGUCAGCAGCGCCGGCCGCGGGGUCUCCGGGGUCGCCGUCGCAGGGGGAGGAGGAGAAGGGCGCGUGCGCGUGCAAGGUGUGCGGCAGGCGCUUCGACAAGGCCUCCGACCUCAACACGCACUUCAGAACUCACGGCAUGGCCUUCAUCACCGCUCACAAGACUGACAAACCCGUCUGAGAAAAAGAGAGUGAGAAGAGAAAUUCAUGCCACCAGAAAAAAAGAGGUCUGCAUUUGUUUGUUUUUUUUCACCCAGGAGCCUCUGUACCCAUGACAUUGAAGACACACUCACCUUCAGAUUGUUGGCCUUGUUUACAGGCCCUGAUUGAUUAAGAGGUUAUCCCUGAAAUCCCACAACCAGAGUAUGGAUUCAUUUUGUUGCAAUUAUACUUUUUUUCAGCCAUACAGUUCUGUCAAAAGUAAAGGUUUAUAUUAAAAAGGUCAGCUCUGGACCAUAGAGAGGAGAAGGUGGGGAGCCAUAUUUGGGACGAUUGAGAUGUGAGAAGGGCCCCAGAGCUGUCCUCUCUGUUGCCUGUUCUUUAUGCUCUUUGAUAAAGGCACAGACAGACAAUCACAGACAGAAGGAAAUAAUCGGUGCAUUUUAUGUGACCUUUCACCUUUUGUCUCCACUUACGCAAUCAGGGUUGAUUUGUAAUGAGCAAAACUAGCCUUGUAGAAUGUUUGGUUACAGCAAGCUUAAGACACAGACAUGGGUGUCAUUCACCUUCGUCUCUUGCUUCUCAAGAAAAGUUUCUUAAAUUUGCUGAACCAUGAAAGUGCCCUUGACUGGGACAUUUUGAGAAUGUAGUUCUUCAAGGUGGUGUGUGUGUGUGUGUGUGUGUGUUUGAGGCAAUAUCUAAAUCACGGGGGACUGCUUGCUUGACAGAAAUACUAAUAAUGAAGACAGCCACGAGAACACUGUAAAUGCAUAGAUUUUUACAUAUUUUAUUCUCUAGUCUCUGAAAUCAGGUAUGCUUAACAGAUAUUUUCUAUGUCAGUUGUGUGUGUGUGUGUGUGUGUGUGUGUGUACAGUGGCACCAGCGACGGUUUCCUCCAGGAACCCCCUCCCCCUCAUUUUUCCUCUUGUGUUUGUGAGACCUUAAUUGCUUUCUAAUAUAAAAUAUGAAAUUAUUGAGUUAUUGUUCUUAAUAAAAUAUCCAGUCUCUUAUUAAA